UCUGAUCCACAAGCAGGAAGCAGAGCACACUGGGAAUGGCUUGUACUUUAGAAGCCCACCCCCCACCUCCUCCAACAAGGUCAUGCCUGAAUCCUUCCUAAAAAGUUCCGACAUUGAAAUAUUUGAAUCAGUGGGGCAUUCUCAUUCAAACAACACAUUCUUUCUUCACCUAAGACAAGGUGACCUUUGAGGAUGUGGCUGUGAACUUCACUGAUGAAGAGUGGGCCUUGCUGGACCCUAUGCAGAAGAAUCUCUACAGAGACGUGAUGCAAGAAACCUACAGGAACCUGACUUCUAUAGAAACAGAAUGGGAACAGUGGGAUCUGGAAGCUUACUACAGAAGUCUAAAGCAAAAUCUCAGAAUCCAAGUGAUAAAGAGAGACCGUGAACUUGCAGACAGUGGCCGACACAGAAAAGCUGUAGCCAAAAAUCCAGUUGGUAUCACAAACAAAACACUGGAAUUAAAGCUUCCUGAACAUCACAUCAGUCAGUUAUCCCCAAAGAGGCAUGUUGCAUUCAACUCUAAACAAAAAUCAUGUGACUAUCAGAAAUAUGUAAAGAAAUACUGUGAAUGUAAAACAUGUGGUAAAACCUUUACGUGUCCUAGCUCCCUUAAAAAGCAUAAAAAGCUCCACACUGGAGAGAAACCUUACAAAUGUUUGCAUUGUGAGAAGUCCUUUAGUUAUCGAUACUGUGCUGAAAGGCAUAUGCUAACUCACAAUGUAGACAGGCAUAAAUGCAAAGUGUGUGAGGAAACAUUUCCUAAUGCUGAAGCCCUUCGGGGACAUAAAAUCAUUCACUCUGGAGAGAUACCGGAAUGUAAGGAUUGUGGGAGAAUGUUCUGGACUUCCAGUUCCCUCGAGGUACAUAAAAGGCUUCAUACAACAGAAAAGCUUUAUGAAUGUAAAUACUGCGGGAAGGCCUUCACAAGUUACAGUUCCUUUCAGCUGCACAAAAGGAGUCACACUGGAGAGAAACCUUACGAGUGUGAGCAGUGUGGGAGAGCCUUCCGACAUUCCAGCCAUGUUCAAGCACAUAAGAGAAUUCACACUGGAGAGAAACCCUAUGAGUGUAAGCAGUGCGGGAAGACCUUUACUUCUGGCCAUUGUGCAAGGAGACAUUUAGGGACACACAGUGGAGCCUGGCCUUACAAAUGUGAGGUGUGUGGAAAAGCUUAUCCCUAUGUCUAUUCGCUUCGAAACCAUCAAAAAACCCAUACCGAAGAGAAACUUCAUGGAUGUACACAGUGUGGGAAAGCCUUUAAAUAUGUCGCUUCCUUACGAAACCAUAUGACCACUCACACUGGAGAGAAGCCGUAUGACUGUAAGGAGUGUGGGAAGGCUUUCAGCUGUUCCAGUUACAUGCAGAGUCACAUGAGGACACACAACGGGCAGCCCUAUAGAUGUGAAGAAUGUGGUAGGUCGUUCUCGUACUCCAAAAGUCUUCGUAGACACAUGACUAUACACAGUGGGUGUUGAGUAUAAGUAGAAGAGCUCCACACAUCCAGGUUAAAAAUGAGCCUGUGAGUAUAGUAUGUGUGGGGAAGCCUGCACUGGUUUCAGUUAGAAGUUUGUACCACAGUUUGGUGUGUCAGUCCUGAGUUGAAAACAUUGUUAGGAAGCACUGAGAACUUAAUGGAGGUGAAUACUACCUGGGAAAGCUUUUUGCCCAUCCCUGUCAGCACACACGCGGAGACAGUGGAGAGAAAACAUAUCACUGUUAGCAGUACGGGGAAAGUCCUCAAUAAGUUCUACCACAGACUCAGACUCUAGAUGGCGGAAUACUUGGAUUCUUGCUGUGUUAACAUUUCAACCCCCCAAAUCUCAUAAAACCUGCUGAUUUCCAGUGAUGUCCAGAAGCCACGAUGUGAUGGUGUCCUGAGGUCUUUCUCCGGAGCUCGCUGGUAAAUGUGUGAGCAUACUGUGAGGUGCCAAUUCUUUUUUGUUUUUGUUUUGUUUUGUUUUUUUCAAGACAGGGUUUCUCUGUGUAUUUGGAGCCUAUCCUGGCGCUCGCUCUGGAGACCAGGCUGGCCUCGAACUCAGAGAUCCCGUCUACCUCUGCCUCCCGAGUGCUGGGAUUAAAGGCGAGCGCCACCAAUGCCCUGCGAGUUUCCAAUUCUUUUUUUGUUUUGUUGUUUGUUUUUUGUUUUUCAAGACAGGGUUUCUGUUGGUAUUUUUGGUUUAGUUAUACAUGUUUAAUCAACAAAUUUUAAGUGCCUUUGUGAUUAAUGGAUCAAUAAAAAGAUGAUUUUGUAAAUGUCCA